UUUGAACUUCACACACAAACUGCUACUGGUGAGGAAGUGAAAGAGGAAGAGGCACGAGAUACAGUAGUACGUGCUGAAUAAUCAGAAUAUAUAAUAAUAUAAUAUAGAGCAAUAUAAACAGGCUCCUUGGCGCAGUGUUGCAGGUGUUUGAGGUUAUUGUCAUCAGCCGAAAUGUCCCUCCGAUACCACAACAAAGUUGUCAUUGUGACUGGAGGAUCCAAAGGGAUUGGCAGAGGGAUUGUCAAAGUGUUUGUGGAGAAUGGAGCCAAAGUGAUGUUUUGUGCAAGAGGAGGUGCAGCAGGUGAGGCUCUGGAGGCGGAGUUAAACAAAGCAGGACCAGGCUCAUGCAAAUUUAUCACAUGUGACAUCUCCAAAGAAGAUGACAUCAAGAGACUGAUUGCAGUCACAGUGGAGCAUUAUGGACACAUUGACUGCCUGGUCAACAACGCAGGGUGGCACCCACCUCAUAAACCCACUGAUGACACCACAGCAGAGGAGUUCAGGGAUCUGCUCAAUCUGAACCUCAUCAGCUACUUCUCGGCUUCUAAAUAUGCGUUGCCGUACCUACGACAGCGGCAGGGAAACAUCAUAAAUGUGUCCAGUCUGGUGGCAACCAUCGGUCAGAAAGAUGCUGCACCAUAUGUUGCCACCAAGGGGGCGAUAGUCUCCAUGACAAAGGCGAUGGCUGUGGAUGAGAGUCGCCACAAUGUGAGAGUGAACUGCUUUUCUCCAGGUAAUGUGCUGACUCCUCUGUGGGAAGACUUAGCAGGACAGACACCAGAUGCUGCAGCAGCCAUUAAAAUGGGAGAAAAUUAUCAGCUGCUGGGUCGUAUGGGGACUGAGGAGGAGUGUGGACUGACUGCCUUGUAUCUGGCUGCUGAUGCUACUUUCUGCACCGGGAUCGACUUGCUGUUCAGUGGCGGAGCUGAACUCAACUACGGCUUCAAGAGUCAGAUCCCUUCCUGACUGUCACUGGAUACAGAUCCCUUAGAUCAUCAAGUAAACAUCUCCUCACUAUACCUAGAAUAAAUAUGGUGUCUAAAGUCAUUAUGGUCCUACUGAAAUUUCCUACCACAUGAAAUAAGGUCUGCUAACAGUGUCUUCUUUUAAAAGCAGACUAAAAACAUGUCUUUUUUUCACAAGCUUUUAGUUAGCUUUAAAGUGUGUGGUUGUAUUAUUAUUAUUAUUCCUGAGUGUUGUUUUAGUAGCGUUAAGGCCUCGUCUAUUAGAAACAAUUAGGAAAAAGAGAUCACCACAGCAUUUUAUGAAGUUUUUAAAUACAGUGUUUUAACACACAGCUCAACCGAACCCGGGUAAAAGAGGUUAAGACUUACAAUAUAUAUGACAUAUAACCACAGUGCAAAUAAGUAAAUACAAAAUCCUGAGAAGUGGGAUCUAUUCAGCAUGUUUAUUAUAGAUGCCAGAAUGGUAUAAAUAAGAGUUAAAUAAGCAUAUUUCUUGAAAUGUACAUUGUAAAUGCAUUAUUAAUAACAGUAUUGCACAGUUUAUGCUUAUUUUUUUUGUUCAAGUUUGCUGAUAACAAUACUAAGAUGGUUGUUAAUACAGGGAGAAUUUUCAUUCAAUAAAAUAAAAAAUGACAUGUCAUUAAA